CCUCCCGGUGAAGAUGGCAGCCCGGAACCACUAUCCCACCGGACGAUCUCCCCACCAGACAGUCCUGCAGCACCGGACCAGCGCACCCCAACGUCCCGACGAGCGGAGGAAAUUGUCAAAGACCCUGAGUUUAUUUUAGGUGAUGCAUCAAGAACAGAUGUCUGUCAAGGAGACCUUGGUGACUGCUGGCUUUUGGCUGCCAUUGCUUCUCUAACUCUCAAUGAAAAGGUACUGCAUAGGGUGGUUCCACCUGAUCAAUCUUUUGGCACUGGGUACGCUGGUAUAUUUCAUUUUCAGUUUUGGCAACAUAAUGAGUGGGUUGAUGUUGUGGUUGAUGAUAGACUGCCUACCUUCAGAAAUCGUCUUGUAUUUCUUCACUCAGCUGACCUCAACGAGUUUUGGAGUGCAUUACUGGAAAAGGCUUAUGCCAAGCUCAAUGGCAGUUAUGAAGCAUUAAAAGGUGGCAGUACCAUAGAGGCCAUGGAAGAUUUCACUGGGGGAGUUUCUGAAGUUUAUGAAAACAAAAACAUACCCAAAAAUUAUUUUGAAAUAAUGGAUAAAGCUCUAAAAAGAGGAUCAAUGUUAGGCUGUUCUAUUGAUAUAACAAAUUCUGCCGAAACAGAAGCUAAAACCCCCCAAGGACUUGUAAAAGGUCAUGCAUACUCGGUAACGGGGCUGAAUACGGUGAAAUACAGAGGACAAACUGUACAGCUCAUCAGGGUAAGGAACCCCUGGGGGCAGAUUGAAUGGAAUGGACCAUGGAGUGACAACUCUUCUGAAUGGAAUUCCGUUGACCCAGCAGAAAGAAAACGGCUUUGUCAAACAUCUCUGGAUGAUGGUGAAUUCUGGAUGACAUUUGAGGACUUCAAGAAAUACUUUGAUAAAGUUGAAAUUUGUAACCUAACACCCGAUGCUUUAGAUGAUGACACAGAACACAAGUGGGAAGUGACAGUUCAUCAAGGAAGCUGGGUCAGGGGCUCUACUGCUGGUGGAUGCCGAAAUUUUCUAGACACUUUCUGGACAAAUCCUCAGAUAAAAUUAAGCCUUAAAGAGAAGGAUGAUGGCCGAAAUGAGUGCACUUUUAUUGCUGCUUUGAUGCAGAAAAAUAGACGCAAGUUGAAGAAAAUUGGAGCUGAUCUUUUGACAAUAGGAUAUUCAAUUUACCAGUGUCCAGGAAACGACUCUCAAAUUACAAAAGAUUUCUUCAAAUUCAACACAUCAAAAGCAAGAAGCAAAACUUACAUUAAUUUAAGAGAAGUGUCACAGAGAUUUAAGCUUCCCCCUGGGGAUUACAUGAUCAUACCUUCAGCAUUUGAACCUCACCAAGAAGCUGACUUUUGUCUAAGAGUAUUUUCAGAAAAGAAAGCAGACAUCAAAGAGAUUGAUGGCGAGAUAAUUGUGGAUAUUCCCGAUCCACCAGAACCACGUCCUCCACACAAAGAGACAGAAGAAGAAAAACAAUUCCGCAGCUUGUUUGAGCAAAUUGCUGGAGAAGACAUGGAAGUAAAUCCUCAAGAAUUGCAGUAUGUUUUGAAUGCAGUUCUGAAAAGAACAAAGAAUAUUAAAGUUAAGGAACUGAGCAUUCUUUCAUGCCAGAACAUUGUUUCCCUUAUGGAUACCAGUGGUAAUAGAAAGCUUGGAUUUGAAGAGUUCAAAAUCUUCUGGGACAAACUAAAGAGUUGGAUUGGUAUAUUCGUUCAGUUUGACCUUGAUAAAACAGGAACUAUGUCUUCAUAUGAACUUCGCCUUGCUUUGAAGGCUGCAGGGAUUCAACUUAACAACAUCAUCCUGCAAUUGGUUGUCUUGAGAUAUGCUGAUGACCACUAUGAAAUAGAAUUUGAUGAUUUUUUGAACUGUAUAAUCCGCCUGGAAAAUUCUUUCAAAAUAUUUAAAACACUGGAUGAAGACAAAGGCAACACAAUCAGUGUAAACCAAGCUGAGUUCAUCUCUCUCGCAAUGAACAUCUAAAGAAAAAAUCGGGAUCAGCACUGCAGCUUUUUGGAAUAAUAAUCCAUGUAUGUUGUCAUGUAAUUGUAUUUGUCUGAAACUGUAUUGAUUCUACUAGUUUUAUGGUUUUUGGGAUACUGAUAAUUUUCUUUCCAUGUCACAAUAAAAAGUAAAAAUCAAAGCACAAGAAUUUAUACUUUAACUAAAAAAUUAGAUUUAAAAAUCUUUAAUUUACUGAAUAAAAGUAUCUGCAAUGUUAAUGCU